CCCGCCUCCGCUCCAGAGUCGGAACUCUUCUUGUCCUUGUUGCUCGAGCGUUUCCAGCAGGUUGUGCGCUGGUUCUGGAGUGGGAGUUUCGCCCUGUGCGCGGUUACGUUGCGCCGCGCCUGGCCGCCGGGGCUCCAGGAAAGAGGAAGCGGCGUCUCCCGAGCAGGAAGAAAGCAGCGCGGCGGCAUGUUGGCCCGAGAGUCCGAGGGAGCUCCCGAUGGGGGCUGAGGGGCUGCACAGCCCGGCCUCUCUGUGGCUUCUCCCCCAGCUCUUUGUUAAGCUCCGGCUCAUCCCCGCGAGCUCCGGGCAGGGCGACUCGGGUGACCUUCUGAGAGACCAGCCCCACGCCGAUUCCGCGCGCGCCGCUGCUAAAGUUUGCUGCUCGCGGGCGGGCAGCGAAGACGAGGCGGUGCAACUGCGGGGCGAAAUAGAAACUUUUCCCCGGAUUCUUGUUACUGCUCGGCGGCUCCGUUCUUGGGAAAUCUGACUGACGCAGCGUGGUCUUUUUCUUCGAGAGCAUCGGAUUUGGAGCCUCCCUUUGCGACAGCAUCGGAUUAACAGCCUCCUGUCGAAUCAGAAGCCCGUGCCCUGGAGGCUUCGCCCGCCUCCCCCAGGAAUCUCCCAAGUUUGGACCCCUAUUCGUCUUUCGGGCACCGGCUUAAGCGUCUCCUUUCCUUCUUCCCUGGGGCGAAGGAGGGGGAGAUGUUCCAUUAGGGGAGACCCAGGCGCGUCGCCGCUGCUUUUUUUGCUUUCAGUUUCCGGAGUGGAUUUUAUGCUUCAAGGAAGAAACGGGCCCGCCUGUUGUCUCUUGCGAGCCCCGCCAUGUCGACGGCGAUCACCGCCGCGGAAAAAGUGGAUGGCUUCACCCGGAGGUCGGUGCGCAAGGCUCAGAAGCAGAAGCGGUCGCAGGGCUCGUCGCAGUUCCGCAGCCAGAGCAGCCAGUUGGAGCUUUUCCCGCUGCCCCAGCUCAAAGAUGCCUCUUCAAAUGAACAACAAGUUCUCUUCUGUCAGAAAUUACAGCAGUGCUGUGUAUUAUUUGAUUUCAUGGACUCUGUCUCUGACUUAAGGAGCAAAGAAAUUAAAAGAGCAACACUGAAUGAAUUAGUGGAGUAUGUUUCUACAAAUCGUGGUGUGAUUACUGAAUCAGCAUAUUCAGAAAUUGUAAAAAUGAUUGGUUCUAAUAUCUUUAGAACACUUCCUCCAAGUGAAAAUCCUGAUUUUGAUCCAGAAGAGGAUGAGCCUACAUUAGAAGCUUCUUGGCCCCAUAUACAGCUGGUGUAUGAAUUUUUACUAAGGUUUUUAGAAAGUCCUGAUUUCCAACCCAGCAUUGCAAAACGUCAUAUUGACCAGAAAUUUGUACAGCAGCUGUUGGAGCUUUUUGACAGUGAAGAUCCACGAGAGCGUGACUUUCUAAAAACAGUACUUCAUCGAAUUUAUGGCAAAUUUCUUGGAUUAAGAGCAUUCAUCAGGAAACAAAUCAACAAUAUUUUUCUCAGGUUUAUCUAUGAAACAGAACAUUUCAAUGGUGUUGCUGAGCUACUUGAGAUACUGGGGAGUAUUAUCAAUGGUUUUGCAUUGCCAUUGAAAGCUGAACAUAAACAGUUCCUUCUGAAGGUUCUUAUUCCCAUGCAUACUGCAAAGGGAUUAGCUUUAUUUCACGCACAGCUGGCAUACUGUGUUGUUCAGUUCUUGGAAAAAGAUAUGACAUUAACAGAGCCGGUUAUCAGAGGACUGCUGAAAUUUUGGCCAAAAAUAUGCAGCCAGAAAGAGGUCAUGUUUUUAGGUGAAAUUGAAGAAAUUCUGGAUGUAAUAGAACCAACACAGUUCAAAAAAAUACAAGAGCCUCUUUUUAAACAGAUAGCAAAAUGUGUGUCAAGUUCACAUUUUCAGAUUGCAGAAAGGGCUCUGUACUUUUGGAAUAAUGAAUACAUUCUUGGUCUGAUUGAAGAGAACAUUGAUACAAUUUUGCCAAUUAUGUUUGGCAGUUUAUAUAAGAUCUCCAAAGAACACUGGAAUCAGACCAUUGUAGCAUUAGUAUAUAAUGUGCUGAAAACACUGAUGGAGAUGAAUGGGAAACUAUUUGAUGAACUCACAAGCACUUACAAAGCAGAAAGACAAAGAGAGAAGAAGAAAGAAUUAGAACGUGAAGAAUUGUGGAAAAAGCUGGAAGAGCUCAGACUCAGCGGAACUUUGUCUAACCAGCCAAGUAAUACCUCCUCCUCUCUGACAAAUAUACCAAAUGAUAGUGCCAAGUCUCUUUCAUGGAUGCUUUUUAUCAAGUGGAAUCCAUUCUAUGACUGCCUUGGUCCACCUGACAUCAGUUCUUCUUGCUAUGUGACCACUUCCAUUUCAUUUACUCUCUUUUUUUAUAGAUAUUUUAUUGAGUUUUUAUAGUUAUAAAUCUUUAGUGCCUAAUAAACAUGUUGUCUGGGUACACAUAUUUACCAUUAAUAAUAAUACAAUUUCCAUUUCUACUCUCUAUUCCGCUUUUCUAGCCAUUUAUAAAAAUUAUCCCAUGUUUGAAAAUAUUCUGUAUCUUCUUUCCCUUUCAUUUCCAAUGUAAGCCUAUCCAUUUCCGCACAAUCCAAAAUUUUCCAAAUCAUAUCUUAUGGUGUUUUUGUUUUUCCAAUACUGUGUAAAUGUAAUUCUCUCUGCUGUUAAUACAUGUGAUAUCAAAUAUAUACAUUUUUGUCAUA